GUCACUUGGAGAAGAAGGAAGACGGUUCCAAGUCCAGCAAGCGGUUCCUUCGGCGCUUCGUUGUUCCUGGAGACAUUGAGCUUGAGGCUGUCAUUUCAGUCAUGUCUUCUGACGGUGUGCUUAAAAUUUUGGCUCCAAAGAAGGAGGGCCAUAAUCGAAAACAUUUUUCGAUUGAUGUAGAAGACAUGGACGAUGUCGAGGCAACGGUUUCAAGGAAAUUUAGAAAUGGACAUCGUCUCCGAGGAAUAUCUGAAGAAGAGAGAUUCAUCUUCUGAUGACGAGGAAUUAAGAGCUUUUGCCAAACAAUCCAAUAACCAUUACCGAGUCACUUUCCAAGACGAUGACGAAGAGUUUGAAGGUGGACACAUGUUCAACAAGGAGACAAAGAUGACAAAUGACAGCAGCAAGGAUUUCAAGUAUAACAUUCCAAGCCUUUCUAUGGAAACCAGGGUUUUGCACAUAGAGAGGAGAGGUGCGUUUGCUGAAGACUAUUGCUUCGCAAAUGUCCGUAACAGCUUCAGCCAGGCGGUGAGAGAAGUGCUGGAAAAGGCCAGUGAAUGGACCUGUCGAAGCGACGCCAUGCACAACUACAGACGUCUGCGUCAACGCAACCUCAAGUUGGAAAAUCAGGCUGUUGGCAUCUUGGACGAUCAGGACUCGCACAAGAUCGUGAUGGACGUGUUUGACUUCAUGAAGGGCGACGUGACAGUGCAGUUGGUGAAGGGCAAGGAGCUGCUGGUGGAGGGUCAAGCAGAGAGGCAGGACGGAGGCAGAGUGUCCCGAGUGAGCUUCGUGCGUCGCUUCGCCUUGCCUGAGCUCGUCGAGCGAGACGCCAUCAGCUGCGUGUUGUCCUCGGACGGAAUCCUGACGAUCACCUGCAGGAAGAGAGCAAGCGGCUACAGCGCAAGGGGAUUUUGCAGCGAGAGGAAGCCCCACGUGGACACAGCUGGCGGGUGGGAGGACAAGGAUGCGAAGGACUCCCUCGCGGAUUGGGAAGGAGCCAGUUCUCGGGCCUUCAGCACCGGCUCUCGCUCCCGCUACCAUCGCUCCUAUGCGAAGCAAUAUUAGAGUGAAAGUCCUUACAGGAAUUUAUAAAUGCAUAAAAAAGAAAAAAAAAA